AUGGACCAAUGUGGACUCUCUCAUUUACAGGUUGACUUCCUGUCCCUUGAACCUAUAGUUCCUGUCAUCUUAACUGUUGAGAGUGAAGCUGACAAGUUCUCAAUAAACCAGGAUACAGGUGUUCUCUCGACCAAAGCCAAACUAGACUUUGAGGAGACGAGCAGCUACACUGUGCAGGUGUCGAUAACGGAUGGUACUAACCGGGAUGUUGCAUCAGUCCUGGUUGAGGUGCUGGACAUCAAUGACAACAAUCCAGAGUUUGAAAUUCCCCCUGCUACUGUCCCAGUACCAGAGGAUCACAAGGUGGGAGAUGAAGUAACAUCCGUAACAGCCACAGAUGCAGAUUCAGGGUUUAAUGGUGAAGUGCGAUACACUCUCCUGGGAGGUGCUGGGAGAUUCAGUGUUGACCAAGAAACAGGAGUGAUAACUCUAGCAGCUCCGCUUGACAGGGAGACCCAGGAUGAGUACAGCUUAGUAAUCACUGCCCAAGAUCAGGGUCGCCCAUCACAUUCCGCUACCACCACUAUGGAAAUCUCCGUGACUGACAUCAACGACAAUGCUCCCAUAUUUUCCAAACAACAGUAUGAGACCACAGUGUCCGAGCAUGCAGAAGUAGGAACAAAUGUCAUAGACGUCAUGGCGACAGACAAAGAUGACGGUGAAAAUGCUAUCGUGACUUAUCACAUUGUCAAACAGGAGCCUUUUUCAACACCACUCGUCUUUACCAUUGAUGAAGGGUCUGGCUCCAUAAACCUAGCUGAAAAGCUGGAUUAUGGCAAAGCUAAGAGGUACACUCUAGAGGUGGAGGGACGAGAUGGAGGAAACCCUGUUCACACUGGCAGUGUUUCUGUAACGGUGUGGGUUGAGGACGCGAACGAUAAAGCUCCUGUGUUCAGUAAGGAGGACCAGUAUUAUGUGUCCGUCUAUGAAAACCUUGCAGGUGGAACUGCUCUGGUAUCUUUGGAGGUUUCAGAUGAGGAUGAGGGUGGGUUCUCUAAAGGUUUCUUUAUCAUGAACAGCGACACCUUCACGAUCGACAAUCAAGGAGUAAUAUCACUCAAGAGUGAUGCCACAUUGGAUAGAGAAACUAUAGACAGUUACAUCAUUGAGGUAAUAGCUGUAGACCAGCCUGAUGAUGGUUUAAGCUCCACAGCUCAGGUCAACAUCACUGUUCUGGACGUCAACGAUAACAACCCACAAUUCCUUCCUCUCCCAGAGCGCAUUGAGAUUCAGGAAGGUGUUUACACUCCCUCAUCACCUGGAGAGGUGUGCGUGAUAUCAGCCACAGACUCUGACAUUGGAGAAAACAGACGUGUCGCCAUCACUACUUACUCACACAGCAAUAUCUUCAGCUUCAAAGAUGAUGGAACUCUGCUAGCCAUCGAGGAGCUGGAUCGGGAGACACAAGAUGUGUAUGAUGUGGUCAUUGUUGCUGUGGAUCAUGGCAUCCCACAGGGAAAUAACAUCACCACAGUGAGGGUCAGUAUCACAGACGUCAAUGACAACGCUCCAGUCUUCAGCUCUGACACUUACAGCAGAAGCAUUCUGAUUAAAGACGCCAAGGUUGGAAAGUUGCUGCUGACAGUCUCUGCCACAGAUAAAGAUGCCGGAUCCAACGCAAUCAUUAGCUACAGUUUCUCUGAAGACUCUCCCAUGGUUGCACUGGACGCUGAAACAGGAGACAUUACUUUGACCUCUGACCUUAGUGAGGUCACAGAAGACAUGCUGCUAACCCUGACUGCUAUUGCGACAGAUCAUGGAACACCAGCACAGUCUGAUGAAGCUGAAGUCUUGAUUAACUUCAAAAUUGCCGCUCUCACUGAGAGUGUGACUUUUGAGAGCUCCUCCUACAACUUCGUAAUUAAGGAGAACGAACCUGAGGCCACGAUAGUCGGGGAGGUCAAGGCAUUAACAGGGAAUCCACUGGUUACAGUCAGCUAUAACAUGAAGUCACACGAAGAUGUCUUCUCUGUGGAUGGUGAGGGAAUCAUAAAAGCUCUCAGACCACUGGACAAGGAGGAAGAGGAGUGGUACAUCCUCACAGUAGAGGCCAUAGACUCCAGAACUCCUCCAAACACUGCAGAGACAAUGGUCAGCAUUCAGGUUGAGAACGUGAAUGAGGCUCCUGUGUUUGAGACUGAAAUAUAUGAGGCGGAAAUUUUCACUAUCACUCCAUACAAAUUCCCUAUAGUGAAGGUCCAGGCAUCAGACCCAGAUGUGGGCGAGAGCUCAGAAUUGCAGUAUUCCCUGGUGAAGUCCACAUCUCUGGUGGAAGUAGAGGCAAACACUGGUCAAAUCUAUGUACAGGAUGCAUCUAGUGUCGGAGACGGUCUGUUUCCCAUAGACGUUAAAGCCACGGAUAAACAUGGACUGUCCACAACUGCAACAGUACAGAUCAUAGUGAAAGACAGCGAAAGUGACAACGUUGUGGUCAUCUCUCUAAACCAGGCUUUGUUCACAGUGGAGAAAAAGAUACCAGAGAUUGAAGAUUCCAUGAAGAAAGCUUUAGGUUUGAAUGUGAAAAUCCUCAGUGUGAGAGCUAAGGAUGGGAUUGAGAUGCGCACCAUUCUCCGAGAGUCUACAGCCAAGACUUACAUCAGCUUCAUUGCGAUGGAUACCAGUGGUGCCGUCAUUGAAGCAACGGUGGUCAAAGAGAAACUGCAGAGUAAUCAUGAAGCUUUAAAAGUGGAACUGGAGAAGGUGUUUGGUUCCGAUUUGGAAUUCAAAGUGGAGGAUGGUUCUGGAAACAGUUCUGAAGAUUCCAGCGAAGCAGUACUUAUUGCUCUCAGUGUUCUGCUGGCUAUGUGCAUUGUGGGAAUUAUCGCUCUGACAACUGUCAAUCUCGUUAGGAAUAAGAAAAUGAAGGACACAGAUUCUGACAAAGAGAGCUUCAAUAUUGGCGGAAUACAGAACAGAUCAAGCAUUGACAAUGGUCUUAACUUUUCCAGCAAAAAAGAAGAAGCCAAAGAGGUUGAGUUCAGUAACACACGCGAGUUUGAAAGAUAUUCCGAAAAUGACGCAGAUUUGAGAAAUGGAAGCAGCAUCUCUGCCUUCUGAAAACAUCCCAAUGGAUAAAAGAUCCUCAAUACUUGUCAUUAUAAGAGUUCAUGAGUUUUCAAAUGAAUUCUGACACACUAUUAAAGCUCUGUUCCAUAAUAUAGUGAGUCGCAUUUUAAGGCAAUUCCAAAAGAUACAAGCAAAUCCCAUAAUGCAUUGUGACAAGACAGAGAGAAAUGUUGACUAUAAAUAUACUAUAUACUACUAUAUUAUACACAUUUUAUGCUUGCUGCCUAUGUAGCAUUUGCACCAUCAAUCACUUCUAGGUUUCAUUUCAGUUACGCUGCGGUCUUAAACUCACCUGUUUUUAGAAAAGAGCAAAAAAUCUCCUUUGUAUACAUGUUUUCCUUUCUUUUAAGUAAUAUGUACAUUCAACUGCCUUGCAUUUUGAUUUUCCACGUGGUCUUUUACAAAGGGAUUCGGACAUCCCAAAACCUGCAUACAAAUAACAGUAGGCUUUUGCACUUUAACCGGC